UUUUCUAUCGAAUGGUUAGUUUCUUAUCAAACAAUCAAGGAAAAAGAAGAACAAGGUCAUCUAAAUCUUCAACAGACUCAGUGGGCUCUCCGGAUUCCAAGAAGGUGAAAAAUUUAGAAAAGAAAUCGACUGAAGAACACUCGACUGAAGAGAACGACGAAGUGCUGAUCGCUCUUGAUAUGACGAAAGAACUAUGCGAGAAAAUGGACGAUGUAUUGAAAAAGUUAACUAAAUUAGACUCUAUUGAAUCGGCAGUGACUAAUAUCCAAACUUCACUUCAUAAACUUGAGGAAAGAACCACCAACUUGGAAAAAAGCAGCGCCUCAAACAAAGAGGAUAUCAAUGAUUUGAAAUCGGCAAUGGCGUUCUGUGAUGGUACGGUAAACAAUGUCAAGUUUGAAGUCGAUGUUCUUAAGAAAGCAUUGGAAAGCGAGAACUCCAACAAAGAAGAACUGAAAUUAAAAGUCAAAGACUGUGGCUAUUACACCGGAGACCAACCGAACAUCUGCAAAUGGAUGGAGCCAAAGACAACCCAACCAUCUACAAAAGACAUCAUGAACGUGCUAAAGUUAAAUUUCACCAUGAGAAUUGAUGUUCAUAAAAGGAUUAUAGAGCACGCUGAGAUAUUAGAGGCUGAUGAUCAGCAACUUUCAAACUUAAUGCCACCUGAUGCAAAGCAACAAAUCAUGAUCAGGAAAUGA